GGGCAGCGCUGCGCCGAGCCGUGCCGUGCCGUGCCGUGCCUGGAUUGUACCGGGAGGAGCCCACCAGAGCCGAGCCGUGCCGAGCCGGGCUGAACUGGGCUCAAGCCGUGCGGACCCGAGCCGAGCUACACCGAGCUGAGUUGAACUGAACCAGGCUGAGCCGAGCCGAGCUGAGUCGGGCUGAACGGAGCCAAGCCGAGCCGAGCCGAGCUGAGUCAAGCCCAACGAGGCUGAGCCGAGCCGAGCUGAACUGAACCUGGCUGCGCCGCGCUAAGCUGAGUCGAGCCGGACCAGGCUGAUCCGAGCCAAGCGAAGGAAGAAGAUCUCACCAUAUCCAGGACAAAAGCAAAACAAGAACCUGCUGUGACCUGGCCACACAGUAGCAGAAAGUUGUUGUGAGUUUUACAGCUGCCCUAGACUUUUGCACAGGGGGCUGAUGGAAACCCAUCACUCCACACUGCUGGAGAGUCCAAGCUUUAAAGUCAGCCCGGCCAGAGGAGCAGUUAUUCUCAUUCUUUCAGCUGAGAAAAUCCUUUCCAUGUUGUCCACCACUGUGAUGAAAGGAGAAGCCCCUUUUGCCAGAGACUGAAUUUGUCUGUCAGAAAAACAGCAUUUUCAGGACUUGUCAUGUCUCCCUUUCUGCGCAUUGGUUUAUCCAACUAUGACAGUGGCCCUUACCUGCCAUCCCAGGGGGAGGUGAUUAACCCUUACUGUGCUGUGAUGGUGAAAGAAGCUGUGGAAUCAGAAAAUGGCCAAGUGUACGUGCAGAAGAAGCCCACCAUGUACCCACCCUGGAACAGCACUUUUGAUGCCCACAUCAACAACGGCAGGGUCAUGCACAUCGUUGUCAAGGACAAAAGUGCUGAAAUGGUUUCGGAGGCCACGGUGGAACUCAAGGUGCUGGCGGAGAGGUGCAAAAAGAGCAAUGGGAAGACAGAGAUGUGGCUAGAACUGAAACCUCAAGGACGAAUGCUGAUGAAUGCAAGAUAUUUCCUGGAAAUAAGUGAUGCAAAGGACCUGGCUGACUGUGAGACUGAAGCCUUCUCCUUGCACCAGCGCAGGGGAGCCAUCAAACAGGCCAAAAUCCAUAAUGUCAAGUGUCACGAGUUCACAGCCACCUUCUUUCCACAACCCACCUUCUGCUCUGUCUGUCAUGAGUUUGUUUGGGGACUGAACAAACAAGGCUAUCAGUGCAGACAAUGUAAUGCUGCCAUUCAUAAGAAGUGCAUUGAUAAAGUAAUAGCCAAGUGUACAGGAUCAGCAGUCAAUAGCAGAGAAACAAUGUUCCAUAAAGAGCGGUUCAAGAUCGACAUGCCUCACCGCUUCAAAGUCUACAACUACAAGAGCCCGACAUUCUGUGAACACUGCGGCACACUCCUAUGGGGCCUUGCAAGGCAAGGACUGAAGUGUGAUGCAUGUGGCAUGAACGUCCAUCACAAGUGCCAGACAAAAGUAGCAAACCUUUGUGGAGUUAACCAGAAACUAAUGGCUGAAGCUCUAGCAAUGAUAGGGAGCACUCAGCAGGCUCGCUGUCAGCGUGACACUGAACAGAUCUCCAGGGAUGGACCUCUUGAAAUUGGCUUCCCAGUUCCUGCAAAGGAUGUAACACCGCUUCAGGCAUUGCCAGCAUCUACAACAGGAAAAAAAGAGCCACAAGGCAUCUCCUGGGAGUCUCCAGUGGAGGGCACAAUGAAAGGGGAGUCUCUGAUAGAGUCAGACUCAGGAGAACAGCCCCAGGAGCAGCAAGAGCACCAAGUGCAGCUAAAACUAACCAUUGAGGAUUUUGUCCUGCACAAGAUGCUGGGGAAGGGCAGCUUUGGCAAGGUGUUCCUCGCUGAGCUGAAGAGCACAGAUCAGUAUUUUGCUGUGAAAGCCCUGAAGAAGGAUGUGGUGCUGAUGGAUGAUGACGUUGAAUGUACGAUGGUGGAGAAGAGAGUCCUCUCCUUAGCUUGGGAGCACCCAUUCCUGACUCAUGUCUUCUGUACGUUCCAGACCAAGGAAAACCUCUUUUUCGUCAUGGAAUACCUCAACGGAGGAGACCUCAUGUUCCAUAUCCAGAGUUGUCAUAAGUUUGACCUUCCCAGAGCAACGUUUUAUGCUGCUGAAAUCAUAUGUGGGCUCCAGUUCCUCCAUUCCAAAGGCAUAAUAUACAGAGACUUGAAGCUAGACAAUGUCCUCUUGGACAAUGAGGGUCAUAUCAAAAUCGCUGACUUUGGGAUGUGCAAGGAGAACAUGUUUGGAGACGCGAAGACAAGUACUUUCUGUGGGACUCCUGACUAUAUCGCUCCUGAGAUAUUGCUGGGGCAGAAGUACAACACUUCCGUUGACUGGUGGUCCUUUGGUGUUCUCCUGUAUGAAAUGCUUAUUGGCCAAUCUCCUUUCCAUGGCCAAGAUGAAGAGGAGCUUUUCCAGUCUAUUCGCAUGGAUAACCCAUUCUACCCUCGCUGGCUUGACAAGGAUGCAAAGGACAUUUUGCUGAAGCUUUUUGUGAGAGAACCAGAGAGGAGACUAGGAGCAAGAGGAAACAUCCGCCAGCAUGCCUUCUUCCAGGAAAUAAACUGGGAAGCUUUAGAAGAAAGAAGGAUGGAGCCUCCUUUCAAACCAAGAGUGAAAUCUCCGAGUGAUUGCAGCAACUUCGACAAGGAGUUUCUAAAUGAAAAACCGAGACUGUCCUGUGCUGACAGAGCACUGAUUAACAGCAUGGACCAAAAUAUGUUCAGCAACUUUUCUUUUGUGAACCCGAAAAUGGAGAAAAUAUUGUGCUGAGAUCUGCGUUACUGAACAAAUUCACUUUAAUGGUAAACACUUUGUCACAUGAAGACUCUGCAUGGUGGUUUUUAUCAAGAACCCUGCAGAAAAAACACCUCAGUGAAAGUUUGUACCAUGCCUGGAGGCUUCCAGCUUAUUCCAGUCUGUAGCGGAUGCCAGCCACUCUUCAUGAUUGAUGAAGUUUCUUUGUGGUAUCUUUUGGUCUCUCUUUUCUCAAUCUUCUUGAAGUUGAGAGCAUCUGAAAAUGAAGAGAUGCCAAAACCUGUUCCUCACUACUUGUACACACCACCAAUGGAUUUCUCUGUAAGAAAAAACAACUAUAUUUGAGUUUCUGGUGAUGUCAGUGCCAAUUUCUGCAAUUCUCACCUAAACCCACCUUUUUCUGAAGGACAAGUGGUUUGCUCAAGGCAUGAGGGUAUCUGGGAAGACUUUGGGAUGGUUAUUUUGGUAACCUCUACUUGUACAUGUGUGGAAUUGUGCAUGUAUGCACAGUUUUAAGAAGCAAUUUUACUCCCUACACAGAUAAUGUUCACAAGUGUUAGGGUUCAGCUUCGCCCUGCUGGGAUAAAGACUCUGCAAGUGCCUAUUCCAGCAUUUGCACAUCUCAAUCAGAGGCACUGGAGCUAAGGACUCAACCCCAAAGGAAGAUUGUCACCGUGGCAAGUGUCAAGAUCAGUGCAGAAAGCCAGUGGUAUGCACUUAGCUUGAGCAGGAAGGGUGAGAAAUUGCAGUCCAUCAGAAAGCCUCGAGAACCCCUGUUUUAAAGCUUUAACUGUCCUUGCACACACCAGACAGAGCAAAAUCUGGACUAGGCUUUCUGGAGUUUUAUCCUAAAGGUAGAAGAGGUUUCCUCAAACCAUUGUUUAAGUGUUGUAAAACUGGCCUUCCUGUCACAGCAUUGGAAUAUUUUACUUGAAAGGUAGUAAUCAGUCCAUGCAAAGGCUGGUAUACUUUCUUUUGCCCUAUAUGAUCUUCGAGAUCUUUGGCAUGUAUGGUGGAUAUAGGUCAACAAGCUAACCAGCAGCCAUAAGGCAGGACAGCACAUCAGGUGAGGGUUUUUUUGUUCUUCACCUCAUGGCGUUUUGCUGUGUGUUCUAUCCCUUUGCAGUCUGUGGAAAUGAGUUUUUAAAAGUCUUUUCUGUGAUGUAGAUGAGUUUUUAAAAGUCUUUUCUGUGAUCCUUUUAUCACAGGAUCCUUUUAAAUAAAGAUGUGCUGUUUUCUGAGGUUGGAGGGUUAUAGAACUGCCCAGUUACUGCUUGUCACUGAAAUACCAGUUAAACACUGGGUCAAAUUAAGUCAAAGCCCAAAGAGAGGAUCCUGUAAGAACUUAGACUUAGGCAGUCACCCAAGUUGUUAGGCUCUAAUUGAAGUGUAUACAUUUGGAGCUUCAUUGCCUCAACCCCUUCAGUCCAUGGAGAAUAGAAGUUCUAGAAGGUGAAUCACCCCAACACCAGAUUCCCUUCAGAGGUGCCUUUCUGACCAGGCUGUCAACUUGGAGCUCCCACCAGGAUGAAUGCAGCCUUGCAGGCAGUGCUGGGAUAUCACUGCCAGUGUCUGCAAGCAUUGAACCCUUCAGGACCAAGAGCAGAAGUGCCUAACACUGACAAGAAGGUUUCAGUCCAGUGACUCUCAUGAAAUCCUUAUUUGUGCUCUGUGAAACUCAGGGGGCAUCUGUGUUCACACUUUGUGCAGCUGGUCACCAUGCUUAGUUAGAAUGGUUAACAUGCAUUUUUUAAAUGCCAGUGCUGUUUGUACAGUUUAAUAAAAUGUUGUGUACAAUUGGAAAA